GAAACAUUUAUAAAAGCAGAGAGGCUCCUCCAAAGUCCAAACAAACAAACCAAAUUCAAAACUAAAACAAAAACAAACUUCUAUCUUCUUCUUCUUCUUCACCAUCAAUGGCGACGGGAAAAACGUAUUACCCACGGCCAAGUCAUCGAUUCCUUCCCACAGAUCGAUCUCACCAAGUCGCUGUCACCGAUUCAGGAUUCGAGUUCGAUGAGUCCGAUCUAUACUCCGAUUCGCAUGAUUUUCGUAGUAAACUCUUUAAAUCCGGUCGAAUCGGAAUCAAACAAUGCGGUAGAUCGUCUCUGGUUACCGUAACAACCGCGAAGGUAGGGUCACUUCCGAUGAACGUACCGGACCAGUCGAAGAAUUGUCACAGACGCCGGACAAGCAUCGAAAUCGAUGAGGAUGGUUUAAUAGACGGAGGAGAUCGGUUAGACGGAGGAAGAUUUCCGCCACAUGAGUAUCUGGCGAGGACGAGAAUUGCUUCGUUCUCGGUGCAUGAAGGAGUUGGGAGGACAUUGAAAGGGAGAGAUCUGAGUAGGGUUAGAAAUGCAAUUUUUAAGAAGACUGGGGUUUUGGAUUAAUAUCUGAAAACUAUAAGGUUCUUUUUGGGGUUAGGUUUAAUUCUCUAUUACAGUUUUAUAAAUAACUGUUAUGCUGAAAAAAAAAAAAAAAAAA